CUCAGCGGAACAACCGUCGCGUCGCAUCAGAGACUGACGCUGAACUGGCUGAACAUUUCAUUUGAAGCUUACAGUCUAACUCUGGCGUUAAUAUGGGUUCCGUAGAGCAAUUUGGGUGUGGAUUUUUUGAAAAUACUACGACAGAUCAUUGUCAGCAUGGAGAACAAAGUAGAGACGAACAAGAAUUUAAUGCCAAAAUUCACUUUGAACGGCGAGGCGGGAUGAAUAACCCCGACGUAUUCGGUCAUUAUAAAACAAAUGCUGCAGAUGUAUAUUUCACAUACCCGGUGAAGUUGAUGCUCCCAAGUCAUGCCAGCUCUUCCAAUUGCCAGUGGGUCUACUCCAUUAAUUACGGGGGUGGCAUAGUUUCUGGUGACAGUAUCAAGGUUCAGAUCAGGCUGAAGGAUAACUGCUGCGCCAUGCUUACAACUCAGGCAACCACAAAGGUUUAUCACAGUGAAGAAGGCCAGGUCAGUUUGCAGACACUGGAAGGUGUUGUCGAGAGUGGAAGCGUCCUGGCUGUUCUACAGGACCCCGUCACAUGUUUUGCUAAUGCCAGAUACAGACAGACACAGACCUUUGAUGUGAGUGAGGAUGGUAACCUGGUGUUCAUGGAUUGGCUGACUGCAGGAAGAAUCGCCAGAGGAGAACGAUGGGAUUUCACCAGCUAUUCCAGUUGCAACUCUGUAACCUACAAUGGUAGCCAUGUCUUCCGGGAUGCAAUCUCUCUUGAAAGCACUCCACUCAGCAGCAUCAGACAGAGGAUGGGGCAGAACACAGUCAUAGCCUCCUGUGUCAUGCUUGGCCGCAAGUUCAGCGAUGUCGGCAAAACCGUGUUGGCAAAGUAUGGUGGGAUGCAAGACUACGGUGUGAAGUCGAAUGAGAACAUCACAGUGGCUGUCAGUCCGAUUGAGACGACAGUCGAUGGUAAAGAGGUUCCGGGAGUUGUUGUCAAGUUUGCAAGUACAUCAGUCAGUCUGGUGUAUUCCAAGGCAGAGGAGAUUCUAAGCCCUCUCUUUCCCAUGCUGGGUGGGAACCCUUUCCAGGACAAGCACUGAGUAGAAACCACUUCGGUUUCUCGGCUUUGUAGACAGGUUCCUUUAGUACAUGUUUCAACGAGAAACAAUUUUCAAGGGAAACAAAAAAUGUGGUCUUUAUAGACAGGUGGUCUUUGUAGACAGGUGGUCACUAAAGCAGGUUUGACUGUAGUUAUGGCUUGCUCAGAUAUGCCAUGUGUAAAUGAAUAGCAACUGUGCACAAACAAAGAUCCCGCGCUUAUUCACUGAGCUCUGUGACUUAUACGGAAAUGAGAAGCUUUCUAGAUGAUUUAAUCACAGAAUGUGGAGCAACAGGGUAUGAAAUGCUGAAACGAAUGGCUCAAGACCAAGGAACUUGGAGAGACACUUGAUAUAGAAUUUUGAGUGGGUCACUGAACCUGUCAUAAACUGACAGAUCACUUUUGAUGAUGAUUACUCUUUAUUUAAAAAAAUAUGCGGUUCUUUGCAGGUGUGAAUAAAUGGCAAAUUUGCACAGCAAA